AUGGUGCCAAAGAAGAGAAAGACUCUCCCGGAAAGUGAGGUUGUGGAAGAAGAAGUCGUUGAGCCGCAAAGAAAGUACACUUCUGGAAAACAACCAAGACUUGAAGAGCAGCUCCCUCAAGUGGACUACCAUGCUCCGCUAGAUCCAGAAAGCGAGCUGUUUGCAGCAGAUGACUGGUUUAUUCCCAAGUUCAAUCUGUUUAUUUCAUUCACUCUAGAUCACCUCGUCGAAACAUACAAAGAAAUGUUUAAAGAUUUCAUCAAACUUCCGAGUCGUAAGUUUCAUCCUGGUUAUUUCUAUAAGAUCGAUCAGCCAAUAUCCAUCAACGAGAUUAAAUCAAGAGAUUACGAGUUCCUCAAUGGUCACAGGACGUUUUUGCUGGAUAUUGAGCUAAUUCAAAAAAAUUGUAACUCUUACAACGAUUCCGAGAGCUUGAUCGCCAAAAACUCCAUGCAGGUCGUAAAUUAUGUGAAAUACGAAGUUUUGAAGGCCAAAAACGUAACGCGGAACUACUUGAUCAACGCGGAGGUGAAAAACCAUCUUUUGGACGCUUUCAAUCAAGUUCUGAACGCGACGGAUUUGUCGAUAGCGACACUAGUCGAUAAACCGGUUGAAGGUCUGGAUGACACCAUGCAUAUUUGCGAGCCAUUUGUGGAUGUUAUAUUGGAAGAGGAUCUUCCAGAAUACUAUGAGGUGAUUCACCGGCCCAUUGCUUUGAGUCUUGUAAAAAGCAAUUUGGAAAAUGACUACUACACGAAGAUCUACGACUUUUACAUCGACAUGGUUCUGGUUUUCGAAAACGCUUUAGUUUACAAUGAUUCGGAAACCUUGAUGUACCAAGAUGCCGAGAAGCUGCUCCGAUUUUUCAGAAAUUUGAUGCAAAAGUCGUUUUUCGUCUCUCUGAAGGAUGCGAGCGAGCGUGGAGAGGUAAAGCUUGAAUAUGACAAAAUUGAGUACGAACAGUAUCUGGCUAGUGGGGGCAGCGAAGAAAACGUCGAAGGAGAGAAUGAAGCACCUGAUUUGGAGGAUUACGAUUUCAAUCAUUACGAGGGUUUAGGAAAUGGAUAUAACCGGACUUUGUUUCCCGAAGACUACCUACUUGGCCCCAAUAAGAUGAAGCCAGGUGAGCUGUCUGCGAAAAGAAUUGUUCAAGAACCUACGGAAGAACUCCCCGAUGUGAAUAAGUUUAAUAUUUUCAAGUCGCUUGGGAGCGAUAUAACCAAGAAGAACGAAGAACCAAUACCUUUCUCUUUGAUUCGAGAGGUAGUUGUUUCAUCAUCCAGCUCAUAUUACAGGCAAGAGUCCAAGCCCACACAUGUUACGCAACAACCUUCUCUAAGUCAGUGUUGGGUAGAGUAUGUUAUAAAGGGAGAGAACUUGACAAAUAAGGAGAAUAUGUUCUCUUUGACUUUACCGCCGCCUCAAACAGCUGUGACGAUCAUGACUCACAUAGAGCCCGGUCCCCGUUGCGAGUCCAGUUUGGUAGUCAACAGGGAGGAAGUGAAUGCGUCACCAAGCGUUUCGACUGAAGGUCAAACUGCAGCAUCACGGUACGAAGUUCGUCUGGUUGAGGGCAACAAUCGUCUCGAAAUUAAAUGUCACGAUUUGAAAGAAAAUGUUACGGAGAUAUUGAAGCUAUGGAUUGUUGUGCUACCGUGA